AUGCCUGCCUUCAGCUUGGUGGAAAUCGAAGCUAAGAUGUCAUUCUUCUCAGACUUCCUCAACCAAGUGAAAACUCCCAGCGUUGCAUCUAAACAGAUAUACGUUUCAAAAGUACUCAUACAGAUCACUAAUUUUGAUCAAUUGGAUUUUGAUUUUCAAAUUAAAAUUCUCAACCAAGUCACUCUUCAUCCUUCUCAACCUAAACUUACUCAAGAAGAAAAGUCAAAGUUACUUAAUAAUACCUCCAUUCUUAGAGAUAGUAUCGUCUUCUUCACUGAUACUGGCGCCGCAAGAGGUGUUGGUGGUCAUGCUGGUGGCCCUUUCGAUACUGUGCGAGAAGUGGUACUUUUGCUUGCCUCAUUUGCAAGUGGAUCUGAUUCAAAGAUAUUCGAUCACACCGUUUCCGAUGAAGCAGGUCACCGAGCUCAGUCAAAACUUCCCGGUCAUCCACAACUUGGUCUCACCCCUGGUGUUAAGUUCAGUUCAGUAGUGGUCGAUUGGGCCACAUGUGGCCUCUUCUCAAGGGUAUCGCACUCGCCAACCGAAACUGUAUUUUGUUUUUGUUCAGAUGGUUCACAACACGAGGGAAGUGACGCUGAAGCAGCCAGACUCGCUAGGGCUCAAAAACUCAACAUCAAAUUGUUGAUUGACAAUAACAACGUCACAAUUUCUGGUCACACAAGUGGCUAUCUCAAGGGUUACAAAGUCGGAAAGACACUGGAAGCGCAUGCCUUAAAGAUCGUCCGAGCUGAGGGUGAAAAAUAUACUGGUUGUAAUGACGUUAAAUCCAAAGUGAUUCGCAUCAACUUUGAUCUCAAAGGUUCAACUGGUUUCGAGGCCAUUCAUCAAUCUCGUCCUGGAAUCUUUAUUCCUUCUGUUAUUGUGGAACAUGGUAACUUUUGUGCUGCUGCUGGAUUUGGUUUUGAAAAAGGAAAAGAAAAGAUGAGAAAACUUGAUGCAGUCAUUUCCUUUGGAGAGAUUGUUCACCGAGCAUUAGACGCAGGAGACCAACUUGGAAUCGAAGGAUUUGAUGUUGGAUUGGUCAACAAAUCGACCUUGAAUGUGAUUGAUGAAAAGCCAUGGAUGAAUAUGGACAUCAGAAAUUUGUUUUAG